GCGGCAGGAGGAGCCUGGACCCAGGCGCCGCCGGCGGGCGGUAGGCGCCGGAGCCGGGCCCCGAGGUGCGUCCCGGAUCGCAGCGCGCGUCUAGCCAGAAGCCGGAGCCCCAGAGCAUCCCGGGAGCGCCGCGGGCCGGUGCUCGGCUCGCUGGGCCAUGCAGCGGCGGCCGCCGCGGAGCUCCGAGCGGCGGGAGCGCCCCCUGUGAGAAGGCCCGAGAUGCCCCUGCCACUGUGAACGGUGCCGCCCGACAGGACACGCUCAGCCCCUGACACGCUCGGCUCUGCGCGCCUGAGACCAGCAGCGAGAGGAGAGAGCGGUGAACGCGGCAAAGGCCACUCGGCACGGGCAGGGGAGACCGGCCGGGACAGCUCAGCGACACGCACUCAGGCUAACUUGGGCUGGCACUGGUGGCUAGGAAUGUCGUCCUGGACCAGGUGGCAUGGGCCUGCCAUGGCGCGGCUCUGGGGCUUCUGCUGGCUGAUUGUGGGCUUCUGGAGGGCCGCUCUUGCCUGUCCCACAUCCUGCAAGUGCAGCGCCUCUCGGAUCUGGUGCGGCGAUCCUUCUCCUGGCAUAGUGGCAUUUCCGAGGCUGGAGUCUACCAGUGCAGAUCCCGAGAACAUCACCGAAAUUUACAUUGCAAAUCAGAAAAGAUUAGAAAUCAUCAACGAAGAUGAUCUUGAAGCUUAUGUGGGACUGAAAAACCUGACCAUUGUGGAUUCUGGAUUAAAGUCUGUGGCUCAUAAAGCAUUCCUGAAAAACAGCAACUUACAGCACAUCAAUUUUACCCGAAAUAAACUGACGAUUUUGUCUAGGAAACAUUUUCGUCACCUUGACUUGUCUGAGCUGAUCCUGGUGGGCAACCCAUUUACAUGCUCCUGUGGCAUUAUGUGGAUCAAGACUCUUCAGGAGACUAAACCUAGUCCAGAAACUCAGGAUUUGUACUGUCUGGAUGAAAACAGCAAGAAUAUUUCACUGGCAAACCUGCAAAUACCCCAUUGUGGUUUGCCAUCAGCAAAUUUGGCCGCACCUAACCUCACUGUGGAGGAGGGAAAGUCUAUCACAUUAUCUUGUACUGUUGCAGGUGACCCAGUUCCGAAUUUGUACUGGGAUGUCGGUAAUCUGGUUUCCAAGCACAUGAAUGAAACAAGCCACACACAGGGAUCCUUAAGGAUAACUAACAUUUCAUCUGAUGACAGUGGAAAGCAAAUCUCUUGUGUGGCAGAAAAUCUUGUAGGAGAAGAUCAAGAUUCUGUCAACCUCACUGUACAUUUUGCUCCAACUAUCACAUUUCUCGAAUCUCCAACCUCAGACCACCACUGGUGCAUUCCAUUCACUGUGAAAGGCAAUCCCAAGCCAGCGCUUCAGUGGUUCUAUAACGGGGCAAUUUUGAAUGAGUCCAAAUACAUCUGUACUAAAAUCCAUGUUACCAAUCAUACGGAGUACCACGGCUGCCUCCAGCUGGAUAACCCCACUCACAUGAACAAUGGGGACUACAAGUUAGUAGCCAAGAAUGAAUAUGGGAAGGAUGAGAAACAGAUUUCUGCUCACUUCAUGGGCUGGCCUGGAAUCGAUGAUGGUGCAAACCCAAAUUAUCCUGAUGUAAUUUAUGAAGAUUACGGGACCGCUGCAAAUGACAUUGGGGACACCACGAACAAAAGCAAUGGAACUCUUCCCACAGGUGUUGUUGACACGGGUCGGGAACACCUCUCGGUCUAUGCUGUGGUGGUAAUUGCAUCUGUAGUGGGAUUUUGUCUACUGGUAAUGCUAUUUCUGCUGAAGUUGGCAAGACACUCCAAGUUUGGCAUGAAAGGUUUUGUUUUGUUUCAUAAGAUUCCACUGGAUGGGUAACUGAAAUACAGGAAAAGACAGAGAAGGGGGCUGUGGUGCUUGUUGGUUGAUGCCGCCUUGUAAGCUGGACUCUGGGGGCCGGCACUGACCUUUCCUGGGAAGUGCCGCUUACCUGGGAUUUCCUGGUAGAUGUGGGUGGUAUUUGCAGGAGGUACCGCAUGAAGCCCGCAGGUGCUGUGAACUGUGGAUUGGGGACACCAAUGCAGAGACAGCUCACAGGCAGCUAAGAAAGUCAAGAAAACAAAUUAAUGCGUCUCUUUUGUUCUCACGAUCAUUCAAAUACAAAGUUGAAUUGAAAUAAUGUUGGAUUGUGCUUCUCUUCAGAAAGGUGUGUGCUGUUUGACCCUACUGGAAAUGUAUUGAUUUUCAAUGUUGCUGUUUAUUAAAGGUGAACUGCAAAGUUUUAAAACAAAUCUAUGUGUAGGAACAGGUAUAAGUACACACUAAACAGUGUAAUCUCCAUUUAACAUGAAUUUUAGCACUGUUUUCUAUUGUUUAAUCUGUACUGAAUUCAGAAAGUUUCACUUUUCCACCUAGAAAGCAGUGACUAAAAGAGUUAAGGGCAUAUGCUCCUUCGCUGUGGGGACUUGGGGAUAUCCUUGGGAGUUUCUUUCCUUCACUGGCUGUUAAGGUCCAGAGUCAAUGUAAUCAACAAUAAUGCUUUCCUUAAAGGUUAUCAGCAGACAAAAAAAGAAAUGAAAAAAGAAAAGAAACAGGCUAAUUGGUCAGGGGCUGUGGAUUUUGGUCAGGCAUAGUUUCAGAAAAAUCGGAAAGAAGUAAAAUAUAUACAUAUGGUGCAUAUGCCCUUUUAUUUGACCUCUGUGAUCCACCCGCUUUUUAGAAGUUUUCCGAGUGAGAGGGCCGCAGCAUCUCAUGCUGUUCCCGUGACAGAACUGUAGCUUUUUGCUCUGAAAAGGCCCGCGAGCCGAAUGGCUGGCCUGCUGUGAGCAGGAGACCACAUUCUAAGAAGGGUAGUCCUCUGCAACAUACUCCACUCCGCUGGGUUUUCCCGAGCCGGACAGCUCUUCCUGACCCCAGCAGCACACAGGUGGCAGGUCGCUAAUGAAUACGUGCUUUAUAAUGUCCAGCUUCAGUGCUGCGGGGGCAGCCUUCGAGUUACAGAAUCCUGCAUCCCUGCCUUAGUCUUACACGGACACCCGUCUCACGCACGUGGCCAUCACAGUGACCUUUGCGUGCACUUGGCUGAGUGUGCACCAGGCAGGAUGGGAUCCCUGUGAGGUCUGGCUGCUCCUGCCUGCCUCACACCUUUCCUGUUGGGGGAACUUCAGAGCCAGGCCCGGAGCAUCUUGUUUGAAAACACAGUUGGCUCUGACUGCCCAUAGAUGUCACAGCUGAAUUGGAAACUUACUGACAUUUUAAAAAAGCCCUUUCGGUGGGGGCAGGAGGGAUAGUUACUCCAGUUUUGCAGUUCAGCUUUAAAGUUUUAUAGAUUUUUAACUGGUCCAACAUAUUCAGAAACAUUGUUUUGAAUUCUGUGUAACCAAGGCAUUAAUCUCAACAAACUUGGAUCCAUGUAGGCACCACUUGAUAUAAAUAGAUUUUCCAAGAUGAAUACUUUAUACUGUAUCUUUUACAUUAGCCACGAAAUGUGUUACUGCUUGACGUGGACAUUUCACGGAGUCCUAUGGAUUACAGCAUUUGACUUGGCUGCUCAGUACCCACGCCUGAAAGAAGGGUGGUUCCUCCAAGGCAGAAACAGGCUGUUGUUCUCAGAAGUUGUGUUUCCCAGAGGGCUUUUGAGUGUGCGGGCAGCUGACCCUGGGCAGGGGGAGGUCUGAAUAUUCUCUGAAUUCCCAUUUUCUUGUCCACUGUUGAAUGACAGUUCCUGUCACUACUUAGAUUUUGAUCUUUCCCAAAGGUGUCAAUUUACAAAAAGGCCAGCUAUUGCAGAAAUCCUGACCCCCUAAAAGAAAAAUGAAAUUCAAACUGAGAGCCUGUCACAGGCUGUCAGGACGGUCAGGGUUCUUAAAUAUCGGCCAUUUGGUGCAUUUUUUUUUUUUAAAGUUUUUAUGUUAUUCCGUGGAGUCAUAAAAAGGCAAUAAACUCUCUAAGGACUAUUUUAUAAGUAUCCCAGACUGUAAGAGGAAAAAAAAAAAGAAUAUUUGUCCUCAAUAGCUAAAAGAGUUGCAGCUAGAUUUUUGGAGAAAAUGGAGAAAAGUGGACAGAUAAGGCAAUUGAAUCAAAGAGCAGUUGACAUCUCCUAGGGAACAAUGAAAACAUCAGGCUAUUAGAAAAUGGUUUCAGUUGCUCUUGUGUUCUUUAUUUUUCAUUUUUUCCUUAAAUCUCUGAAGACCUCCAUCAGUAACCCAACUUCUUGUUUCUGUGCACCAGACCACCCCUCUCAUUCUUUGCUUUUGAUGUCCACUGUAAGAAAUCUUUUUGAGCAUCCUAAAGUGAUGUAGAAUGCAUUUUUCCAGCAUUAUAAAAAGAAAGGCAGCAGUUUUGCUGAGAUCAAGUCCAUCAUCCUCCAACAAGGAUGUGGCAUUUUAGUGCCAGGCAGGUAUCCUAAGUGAGCAACGUGGGCCAGCUGAGUGAACACCAUCCCCUCCAGAGGGGUGGCUGUCACCCAGACCAGCCAACUCCUGCCUCCCAGGAAUGACGGUCCAGAUUUCCAAACCUUCUGAUUCUUUAAGAGAAACUUGAAACCUGGAUUUUUUAUGUGAAAUGUCUCUAUUUUUAAAAAGUUGGCUCAGUUAUUUUUAAAACGUUAUGUAGGCCAACAAAACAUGUCUGUGGGCUGCCAGUUUGUUACUCUGGCCUUAAAGCAAGAUCAUUGUUCUUUCACUGUAUCCAGCGAGAGAUGGGAAAGCACAGAUUCAGAUGGGAAAGCACAUGGCCCCACUUCGUCGGUUUUCCUUAAUGUACUGAUACAGCCCUUUGGUGAAUGCAAAGCAGGUGUGUCCUCUUCAAGAGGUGUGUCUCAGGUCCUGUAUCUUGAUUCAGGUCCCACUGAGACCCUCCCAGGCAGCUGAGAGAGGAAUAAACUCCCACUGUCAUCGCAUGAUAACAUCAGUCUGAGACUAAAGGAGAUCAGUCUCUUAACAUCAGGAAUGAAUCUCCACAUACUUUCAUGCAUUCAUGGGUUUUCUCUCCUGGUCUGCAGCAGGCACUGGUUUCAUUUUGACCCACUGAAUCUUCUUUCCAAGAGUAAGGAAUAGAAAUGAGGCAUGAACAAUCCCAGCCCCAAGCCUGCAAUGCAGAACCCAGGAUUCACUUUUGGCUCUGAACUCUCCCUCCCACCCCUCACCUGGCUUACACCCCACCCCCCAACACUGACCAGAGGCCAUCAGGAUUCAGCCAUUGGAUGAGUAAACAACUCAAGGAGUACAGCCAUGAAUUCAGGCCAGAGAUGAGGGCCAGCAUGAUGCAAGCUCUCCUGCUUUUUCUCUCCUCUUUUUUUUCCUUGAUUCUGUUAAAAUCUCUGAUUUUUUUUUUUCUCUCUCUCCAACACUCUAAAUUGACUCCAUGACAGAGAAUUUAUUUUUAUUUGGUUACUUUGCACACACUUUUUUUUUUCUUUGCAAAAUGGAAUCGAAGCACUAACUGGGACCAGUAUUAACUCUUCUGUAGCUCUCCAAGAUGAUUUAUGCUUUCAUUUGCUCCAUUUCUUUCUGUCUAGUGCCCCCUCCCUUGGUUUUCAUCUAAUUUCCUGCCACUACAGUAGAAGCUCAUUUCAUCUUCUUUUGUCCAGACUCCAGGUAAUAGAUUCCGUAAACCCCAGGGUCUUCACAGGGUUGCUGCAUUCAGCCAGAUGGGCUGUGCUGUUCCCCGCUGGUGAAGGCAGUGGACCCCCAGGCUUGUGCUACUCAGCAGACUGUAUUCCGGGGAAACUAGGACAGAAGUAGCCAUUCCAUUAAGUGCGUUCUGCUAUGUUCACAUACCUACAGUGCCUAUAAACCAUGACAGGUCUGUUCAAGGACACCUGGGAAGGUUAAGGACCCUGCUGAACAGGGCAAGGAUACAAUUUUCUGUGGGGUGCUGCCAGGCUGAAUUAAGUUAAGAGACUUCCUAAUCCAGAAAGUGAUAUGAAAACAGUUGUCAGAGAAGGCAGUUUUCAACUCAAGUUAGCCCAUUUCCUUGUUUUGGUCUUCAGGGACAAAGGGACCUCCCAGCCAUCUAAUUUUGACAGUGAGAUCACCCUGAGUUUAAUACAGGCUAAUGUGGUUUGGAGCCUCAGGCUCGUCAUUGGUACGUACCCAAGAUGGCUUGACAUUGGUAUGUCAGGAGUCUUAGUUUCACAGAAAAAUAAGCAUGUGAGAGGUAAAGGAAAGAACAGAGAUUUUCACCACCUUUACAAUUCACCACCAUCCAUUUAUGAAUGGAGCUUCUAUAAACAAAUAUAAAAUAGCAAGAGGUUCUAUUCACAUUGUAUAUGUAUUUCAAAUUGUCACACUGUACACUUUCAACAUCUUACAAUUUUCUUUGUUGAUUAUACCUCAGUGACGCUGAAAAUACAAAAGAAAAAAAAAAAAGAGAGAGAGAAAUGGAAAAAAAUAGCAGGAGACUCCAGAGAAAGACAGAUCUUUGAGUUUCACUCAUGUCAUGUUUAAAUCCAUUUGCUGUAAUCCAUAUAGGCAGCCUGUGAAUCAUUCUCAUGCCCUGUUUUGUUCCCCAUAAUGUUCCAGGUCUUAAAGUCAUUUUUCCACAUUUCCUGUAAAUAAUGGAUAAUCAUUUUUAUUUUAUUUUUAAGUACUGUUUUAACAAUGUGGAUAGACCAUAAAUGUACUUGCUGAAUUCAUUCAUGUUUUUAACAAGUCAAUAAAGUUUUGUAAUUCAUCUC